GGAACGUUCUGUGUGUCACGGCACGUUGUUUAACGGGAUCGGGAUUACUCUCGGGAAGAAAAUUGUAAAAGAUUUUCUUUAAUACGGGAAUGCUAAUCGUUAGGAUGGCCGCCAUUUUGUCCGGAGGUGGCCCGGUUGAGUGAACGGGGCGAAAAUAGUUGCUCCCUGGACACACCGAGGAUUGUUGAAAUUGCAUAGGUACCGGUUACGUGGGAUCUAUUCACUUAUCUCUAAUUAUCGAAAGAAAUCUGACUGUUCGUGGAAAGAAGUGGCGCAUAGAUGAGAAACAUCGAGAUUUCUGUUCUCGUCGCCGCUCGACGUUAAGUCCUUUAUAAUGUAGGUAUAGUUUAUUCAAACAAGGCCUUUAGGGUAUAAUUAUAUUUAAUGUCAGUGAAUGAGUUGGAUGAUUGUUAUUGGUGGUGCGAUUAUUGGACCAAAAGGUAUUGAGACAAUUGGAAUAUAGCAAAGAGCGUACAAAAUGACGAUUGCCACAAGAGGCCAAGGAGUAGGCAUAGACCCUCCUGACAGCCAGCAAAGUACACAGAUGCACAGUCCAUCGGGCCCACAACAAUUAGCUGACACAAUGUCCGGACUUCAACUCACGGAGAAUGUGGUACAAACAGAAUGCACCAAUGAUACCUUAGCUUCAGUAGAGGAUAGUAAUCAGCUCCAUGGCGAGCCAGAUUUUCCUGUUGCAAAACUCAAUAUGCUUCAUGAAAAAAUAUCUAGUCCACGAUGGGUUGUACCAGUUCUGCCAGAACAAGAGUUAGAGUGCCUGUUACAAGCCAGUAUCGAUCUUUGUAAAAAAGGAAUUGAUGUACAAAGUGAAGCGUGUCAGCGCUUUUUUCGAGAAGGACUCACUAUUUCUUUUACCAAAAUAUUGACUGAUGAUGCAGUAAGUAGUUGGAAAAUGAACAUUCAAAAUUGUAUUAAUGCAAACUGUGAGCGGUUAGUGGAUCUAUGUAUCCUAAAACUAGAUGAGGACUGGUUUCCUCUUCUUGAUUUGCUGGCAAUGGUUUUUAAUCCUAGUAAUAAAUUUCAUACGUUUAAUGCUGCAAGGGUCUCUGAAACUGUCCCUCCAGGAAGUGAUAUUCCUGAUGAACAGCUUUAUGCAAGGCCACCUCCUGAUUCAAGAAGUCCUCGUGGUUGGCUAGUGGAUCUCAUAAAUAGGUUUGGAAGCCUUAACGGAUUUGAAAUUUUGCUCUCUAGAUUUCAGAGCGGCCGAAAUUUAACAGUACCAGUUAUUUACGCUUUAAUCAGACCUUUCGGUUUAUGUUAUGAACUACUUACUGUUCACACAAUAGUUAAAUAUCUGAUGCCUAUUGUGGAAAUGGUGCCUGUAAUUUUGAAUAAUUUAACUGAUGAGGAAUUAAAGAAGGAGGCGAAAAAUGAAUCAAAAAAUGAUGCAAUAUCAGCUAUAAUCAAAGCCGCCAAAUGUUUAGUUUCACGAGUACCACACCAAGAGGAAAUGAUUAAAAAUUUGGGAAUUCUGAGACUGAAAAUGAUAUUGAGACUCUUACAAAUUUCUUCAUUUAACGGAAAGAUGAAUGCUUUAAAUGAAGUAAAUAAAGUCAUUGCCACUGUUAGUUUUUACCAACAUCGAAAUGCAAUUGUUGAAGAAGAGGAAUGGCUUACUGCGGAAUGCAUGGCUAAAUGGAUAAAGGAAAACGGAGUAUUAGAAAUUGUUUUAAGAGAUUCGUUACAUCAGCCUCAAUAUGUUGAAAAGUUGGAAAAGAUUUUACGCUUUAUUAUAAAAGAACGAGCAUUAACUUUAGAAGAUUUAGAUGCUGUUUGGGCAGCACAAGCUGGGAAACAUGAAGCUAUUGUGAAAAAUGUUCAUGAUUUGUUAGCCAAACUUGCUUGGGAUUUUAGCCCUGAGCAACUUGACCACUUAUUCGAAUGUUUUCAGAUGAGUUGGAAGACUGCUAAUAAGAAACAAGGAGAAAAAUUAUUAGAAUUAAUUCGGAGAUUAGCAGAAGAUGAUAAAGAUGGUGUAAUGGCACAUAAGGUGUUAACUCUUUUUUGGAAUUUGGCUCAUUCUGACGAGGUGCCUACAGAAAUAAUGGAUCAAGCAUUAAAUGCUCAUGUAAAAAUUCUUGAUUAUUCGUGUUCACAAGAAAGGGAUGCUCAAAAGACAAUUUGGUUAGACAAAUGCGUGGAAGAACUAAAGAAUAGUGAUAAGUGGGCUUUGCCUGCGUUAAAACAAAUUCGGGAAAUAUGCUGCCUUUAUGAACCAAACCCUAAUAUAGCAUGUCAUGGUCAACGGAACCAUCAUUAUAGACAAGAUGUUAUAGAACGACUUCAAGCAGAACAUUCUGCAGUAAUUCUCGUGACAAACAGUUUAACAAAUUAUAUGGAUAAAAUGCGGCAAUUGGUUAAGGAAAAUCCAGACAUCGAUGGAAAUACUUACAUGCACGAUGGUCGCUACAAUCAUAUUAUGCAAGUACAGGAAAGACUUAAUUUCCUCCGUUUCUUGUUGAAGGAUGGUCAACUAUGGUUAUGCGCGGAUCAAGCUGAACAGAUUUGGCAAUGUUUAGCUGAACAAGGUGUAUUUGUAUCCGAUCGUGAAGCAUGUUUCAAAUGGUUUUCAAAAUUAAUGGGAGAUGAACCAGAUCUUGAUCCAGCAAUAAAUAAGGACUUUUUCCAAAAUAAUAUAUUGCAAUUAGAUCCGACAUUACUUACGGAAAGUGGUAUCAAAUGUUAUGAAAGAUUUUUCAAGGCAGUCAAUUCUAAGGAAGGAAAAUUAAAAUUAAAAAGGAGAACGUUUCUAAUGGAUGACGUUGACCUAAUUGGUACAGAUUAUUUGUGGCGCGUCGUGACCAAUAGCCCUGAAGAAAUAGCAAAUCGAGCUAUAGAAUUAUUAAAAGAAGUGAAUACUAAUUUAGGACCACGACUUCAGUCAUCAGUUUUGGCGUUUCAUGUGACAUAUAUAGGAGAGUGUAUGGACAGAUUGAAAGCACAUUAUGAUACUGUAUCUGUCUUGAGUAAAGUAUACCUUGAAGGAAGGGAAGAACGCGAACAGCAAAUGUCAAAUAAAAUUAAAAUAGAAGCUAUGAAAAUGUGCCGUGUUAUGAAAGUAUUACAGGAAUAUAUAAAUGAAUGUGAUACGACAUUUCCAGGAGAACGAAAAAUAUUGCCAUUACAUAGAGCAGUUCGUGGGAAACACCUAUCUCUUAUCAUUCGUUUUGCGAAUCCUGGUCGUAAUGUGGAUGAUAUAGAGAUAUUUACACAUAGUAACGACACUUUGGGGUCAUUAAGGCGACAAAUAUUACGCAGAAUUAAGGCAAAUGGAUCAAAUGUGAAACUUGACUUAUUUCUUAAUGGAGAACCUUUGGAGUCGACAGAUGACAGGAAAUUACUUUCCCAAACUCCAUUGAGAGAUAAAAUGCUGUUGUCUGCAAAACUAAGUCAAGUAAACAGCAACUUACCGAGUUCGCCAGAUAGUAGCUCAGAUAGUUCUACCAGUUCUCCACACCAUCCAUAUGAUGGGCCAGAUGCAGAAGCAGAAAACAGUUUACCCGGAGUGGUCAUAUCGCAAAGAUCGCAGUAUGCUACAUUCUUCUUUCAGUUAGCAGAUCUUGGAUGUAGUCUUCAACACGCGCAAUUACGCGAUGGUGCAAGGAACCUUUUACAACUGGUGCCACCAGAUACACUUACUGUAUCACGAUUGCAGUCGUUAUUCGGUCAUUGCAAAGAAGACGACAAUUUAGAUAAUGCUCUUUGUAAUGAACAAAAUACUACAGUAGAUUCUUUAUUUUUUACUGCAAGUUCUAGCCAAGUUUUAUACAAUUUAGAGGUUUUAUAUAGUUUAUUAAUGCCAGUUUUAGAUCCAAUGUCAGAAAGAGCGUUUGAGUUUCAGUGCAACUUUAUAAAAAGUGGCGAAGCUGGUGUUAUUCUUGAAAUGUUAACUAAAAAUAAAUUUCUACCUAAUGCAGACGAAACUACUAAACGAGCAGCGUAUUUAACGGUGUUAAAAUUAUGUAAACUCUUAUUAACGACAGUGGGUAAUGUGAUGGCCUGUGUAAUGGAUGAAGUGCAGCAAGCUGGUAUUUCGGAAAAUCACGAUAAUCAUGUUCACAAUAAUCGAGGUCCAGUAGCGGUUUUGAAACAAGCCUUACAAAGUGUACCUAAUCAGAAUACUGAGUAUAUGUUGAGAAGCGUAGCAACGAACUUGGCGCAGCAUUUAGCGCUUCGAAUGUUAUGUGGAGCAGCGGAAUCUGACAAAUGUCGGCAACUUUUUAUGCAAGCCCUUUCCUGGGAUCUACCAGACGUAGCUACUAUUCGUGCCAUAAUUAGGCUAGCAUGGGCAGCAUCGACAGGUAAUUUAAAUAAUAUAAAUGCAUCUGCUGAGAUGCUCCAUACACUUCACGAAAUAAACGAAAAGGAAACGUCAAAUAAUCCUGACAAUAACGAUGUGUUAGUAUGUAAAGAAGCAUUAGAAGUUCUGACAAUCGCUUUGGUAUUGAAUCCAACUGCGUUAGAAUCAUUAUCAAGAGAUAAAAUGUGGCAUACGUUUUUAAUAGACCUUGUUCUCUUGAGUACAUCGAGAGUGGUUAGAAUGGCUGCGGCUGAACAAUUUUUUCUUAUAUCAACGUGGUACAGUAGUGGUCAUCAACCAUUACUUUUUGCAAUAACGCUACUUUUCACUGUUUUAAACACUACGGUUAUGGAGCAUGCAAAACAGAGUCAUGAGUAUUUUCAGCUUUUAUGUAGGCUGCUAAACUUUGCACACAUGUCAGGAUGUCCUCUUCUGACUGCUGAAACAUUAUUGAACAUCGAAAUAGCAUGGUUAAAGAAAGUACGAGACAAUGUUAAAGAAACUGGAGAAAGUCAAGUCGAUGAAGCUGUCCUUGAAGGUCAUCUUGGUCUUACUAAAGAACUACUAGCUUUUCUACCUCCGAGUAAAAAGUUUGAACUUGGCUCUGAUGAAAAACACGGCGUAAAUUUGAUCAAGGAAUUAGUCGAAGAUUUUGUAUUUCCUGCAUCGCGUCUUAUGCUGCAACUGCGUAGCACUGGAGAGCUAAGUGCUUCACAAGCGAGCCCAGUAUGCACGACUCCUCAAUCGACUAGCGCAGCAUUUGAUUUACUUGUAGGUCUUUGUGUAGGCUGUGUACCUAACAUGAAACUUCUAGUCACAAUGCUCACUGAUAUGUUCUACUCUGAGAGAGAUGAACCGCUAGUAGAAUGGGAUUAUUUACCACCAGUCGGGCUUAGGCCACUGAAAGGCUUUGUAGGUUUAAAGAACGCUGGUGCAACUUGUUACAUGAACUCAGUAUUACAACAAUUGUACAUGGUUGAAAGUAUAAGAGUCGGACUUUUGGCUGCGGAAGGUGCAGCGACAGAUUUGAACGAAGAUUUUUCUGGAGAAGAAAGAAUUGAAGGAGAACAAACGAUAGAGGCAAACGAUAAUGAUACAAAUGAAGAAAAAUGUGGAGCAGACGAAUCUCGAAAGGAAUAUAAUAUUGGUAUUUUAAAGCAAGUUCAAGCAAUCUUUGGUCAUCUAGCAUAUAGCAAAUUACAAUAUUAUAUACCUAGAGGUCUUUGGAAACACUUUAAACUUCAAGGUGAGCCUGUAAAUCUUAGAGAACAACAAGAUGCAGUAGAAUUUUUUAUGAGCUUAGUGGAAAGCUUAGACGAGGCACUGAAAGCCUUAGGACAUGAACAGAUAAUGAGCAAGAUUCUUGGUGGUUCAUAUAGUGACCAGAAAAUCUGCAAAGGUUGCCCUCAUAGAUAUUCCAAGGAGGAGCCGUUUAGUUUGAUAAGCGUGGAUAUCAGGAAUCACAGUAAUUUACUGGACUCUCUUGAACAAUAUGUGAAAGGAGAAUUAUUGGAAGGUGCAGACGCUUAUCAUUGCGACAAAUGUAAUAAAAAGGUCGUAACAGUAAAACGAUUAUGUGUAAAGAAGUUGCCACCUGUUUUAGCGAUACAAUUAAAAAGAUUUGAAUAUGAUUACGAAAGAGUUUGCGCUAUAAAAUUUAACGAUUAUUUUGAAUUUCCAAGAGAUUUGGAUAUGGAACCUUAUACUGUUUCUGGGCUCGCUAAACUGGAGGGAGAAGUUAUAGACUGUGAUUACGAGGAAUCGGUGAAAGGGACUUGUACUAAAUAUCAAUUAACUGGCAUCGUAGUACAUAGUGGCCAGGCUAGUGGUGGUCAUUAUUAUUCAUAUAUCCUACAUAGACAAAAUGAUGGCAUUGCGAAAUGGUAUAAGUUCGACGAUGGCGAUGUUACGGAAUGUAAAAUGGAGGAAGAGGAAGAAAUGAAGUCGCAAUGUUUCGGCGGUGAUUAUUUGGGAGAAGUAUUUGAUCAUAUGCUUAAAAGAAUGAGUUACCGAAAACAAAAACGAUGGUGGAAUGCCUAUAUGUUAUUUUAUACCAGAUUAGAUGUAGAAGAAAAUUCUUUAAUGAAAAGUGUUAAUGAAUUAUCCUUGUAUACGAAACUAGGAGUUAUGAAAAUGCCCCCAGCUAUCGAAUAUAGUGUCAGAAAACAGAAUAUCAAGUUCAUGCAUAAUCGAAACCAGUUUAGCGCAGAAUAUUUUCAAUUUAUUAAAAAACUUGUAUCUUGUAAUCCCCAUAACAUCAAUAGACAAAAUAUGAAUGAAAAACUUAAUCCAGAACAGGAAGAACUUGCAAUGCUAUCCGUGCAAUUAGCAUCGAGAUUCCUGUUUUACACAGGUUUCCAUACUAAGAAAACCUUACGCGGUAACGCAACGGAUUGGUAUGACAUCGUUUGUCAUCAUUUACGUAGUAGCAAAACAGUGCGAUCCUGGUUUGCUCAUAAUGUCCUAUUUAAUCAUCCACAUAGAUUUUGCGAAUAUCUUUUGAGCUGUCCUAGUACAGAAGUUCGAACGGCAUUUCUCAAAAUUUUGGUAUUUCUCGCACACAUUUCUUUACUGGAUGGCCCAUGCGUGCCGCCUAGUUUAAACGCACCAACUAUACUUUUAGAUCCAACAGCAACACUCAGUGAUCAUUUAUUGCAUGCAGUACUUUCUUUACUUCAUCGUGAAAUCUCAGAUCAUGGCCGCCAUUUACCACAUUAUUUCUCUCUGUUUCACAUGUAUGCAUCGCUUGGUCUCGCUGAAAAGGCCCAAUUGCUUAAGUUAAAUGUGCCAGUUACGUUUAUGUUGGUUGCUAUUGAUGAAGGACCCGGACCUACGAUAAAAUAUCAGUAUCCUGAAUUAACUAAAUUGCAUCAGGUAGUUAGUAUGUUGAUACGCUGUUGCGACGUGUCAUCGAAAGCACACUCGAGUCUUGCACAGUCAGGCGUAGCACCUUUACCAAACCCAUAUGGUGACCCGGCAUGUCAAAAUGAAUAUUUGAUGCCUAUUCAGCCGCAGGCAGCAGAUAUUCUCUUCGUUAAGAACAGUUAUAUGAAAAAAUUGAUCGAAGAUGCAGAUGUUAACGUUACUGAAGAUACAGUGAAAUUAUUGCAAUAUUGUUGUUGGGAGAAUCCUCAUGUGUCACGAACCGUUCUCAGUGAAUUAUUAUGGCAGAUUGGAUUUUCUUUCGCACAUGAAAUAAAACAUCAUACUGACCUAUUACUUGCUGUACUUCUUAUGGAGGACUCGUGGCAAACUCAUCGUGUUCAUAACGCUCUCAAAGGUGUACCAGAUGAAAGAGAAGGUUUAUUCGAGAUAAUACAAAGAAGUAAACAUCAUUACCAGAAAAGAGGUUAUCAAUGCAUUAAAUGCAUGGUACAGCUCUUCAGUAAGUGUCGACCUGCACAUCAGCUCCUGCAUCAUAGCUCCGAAUUGAAGAGGAAGUGGAUACACGCUACCGACUGGCUUCACGAAGAACUCGAUAAAAGACCGUAUGCUUCUGCGGCACCAUAUACUCAUGCGUAUAGUAAUUGGUCUCCACCAGCUCAAUCCAAUGACUCUGCGAAUGGUUAUGUUUUGGAGCGUAGUAAUAGCGCGAAGAAGACAUUAGAAAGAGCAUGCGAACUUUGUCCGGACGAAGAACAGGAGGUAGAGGAUACAAGCGAAGAUUGCACUGAGGAGACAGAAAAGUACCAACCACAGAAUAGAGACAUAUUGCGAUCGAGACGUAGUUUAGUAUGGGGAUGUAUAGGUUAUCCUGACGUCACUGUAAUGCAACAAAUGCAAGAGGAACAACAAUCUCAGCCUAGACCAUCUCCAGUUCAUACUCCUCUUUGGUCCCAAUCCCCGGUUAUACUCACACCACCAGCUCAUCAGUUACAUAGUCCACAGAACUGUGAGUCGUCACAAAAUACCAGCCAGGAUCCAUAAUGAACGCUACAUAUUGACGUUCUACCAAGUUGCUGCCUCGGUGAAACUGUUUCAAGAUAUUUAGACAUUACUGCGCCAGCAGCUUGGUGCCGAACGAUAGAGGCACCUGUACAGAUAUAACUUGCAGAUUUGUUCUUAUUUGCUGGUAUUCACGAACUUGCAUUUGCAAUCUGAGUUUUAUUGUGGGCAGUUACUUUCAUGAAUGAUACGAUGUGGCAUAGCUAUCUGCACUAUUGAGAAAAAAAAGAACGAUGUUAGAAACAGCAGGCGAUUAUUAAAUAAGUAAGAACAGAAUUUCUACGUAUUAGUUGAGGCAACGAGAAUUCUCAUCGCAAUUUUUUCUUACUCCUAACGUUCGUGCAUUCCUUCAUUUUUUGCAUCUAUAUAAUAAUUUGAGCUUUUGAAUUUCGAUAAAAGGAAGGUUGUUUUGGUAGGAAGAAAUCUUCCGAAGAGAAAUUGAUACGAAGAGGGAAAAAAGAACAAUUUAGAUGAGAAUUACAUUUACCUCGAUUAAUGCAUACGAAUUCAAGUGUAGGAAUACGAUAAGAUUGUAUAAAUGUAUAGCGAAUAGUGUUAUGGAAUCCCGUCUCUGCCGAAUAGAAAAGAAAGGUAUAAAAAAAAAGAACCUAACUUUCCGUAUGUCUAUGUAAAUUUGUUACUAAUAAAAAGUUAAAAAAUGAAACUUUCUAACGAUCGAAGGAUAAGGCUAAAAAAUACAGUAGUUUCCGAUUUAAUUGAAAAGAGAGCAGAGUUAACAAGUCAAGAGAAAAGAAAAAUUACACAUCUAUCGAUAUUUCACUAUUUUAGUCUUUCAAGACGAAGUAAACGAAAAAAUUUCCUUGUACUUAAUCUCGAGUAUCAAAAAAAGAAGAAAAGAAAAAAAAUAUAAAAAAAAGGAAAAAAGAAAGAAAAAUAAAGAAAGGAAAGCCACUCCUCUGAUGCAGACGUUUGUGCUGUAUGAGAAUUGAAACAUACACCAAUGAGAUGCCUCCCAUUGUGCUUUCUUUCAGUUCAUCGAAUUUGAGAAGAACAGUUGUGUCUUUGAUAUCAUGCGACUCCAUUUUGUAUCUUAGGUAGUUACUUAAGAAUCAAGUUGUUGCUUCAAAUUUUCAUUGCUUAUAUUUUUGUCUGUUUUUUCGGCUAUUUAUGAGAAAUUAACGAAAAAGAACUUGAUCGAAUGAAAUUCAAGUGGACGGUGCAGUUGACCGUCCAAAAAGUUAUUCGGAUAAGAAACGACAGUUAUGACGGGAUGUUUCUUUAAAUAGCAAAGAUGGAUAUUAAAAAAGAGAGAAAAAGAAGGAGGCAAAAUGGAUGGAUCAGUUUGUGUUUAUUAUAACGAGUCGCAGUGCCGCGAGAAAGAAAAAUAAGCCUUGUUCGAAGUCCAAAUUUUUACAAAACGAAAAACAAAUAAAAAAAAAGGAAAAAGGAAUAAAAAAGAAGGAAUUGAAGAAAGCGUGACGGUAGCGACACAAAAAAGGGUAUGAAACAAAUAUAAAGAAAAAACACUAAUUUGUAUCGUCCUAAGGUGCGAUCCAUCGUUAAGAAAGAAGAGCUGUGGUCUUUUCGCAGUAUUAUAAAUCGAUUCUUAGUUUUCAGUCGACAAGAAAAAGGACAGAUGUGUUAGAUGUUAUACUGCUUGUAUACUGUUCGGCAAUUUAUCGGGCAUACAACGGAUGAACGAUGAAACAUGGGAGAAUAAAUGAUGACUGCGAUCCUUUAAUGUAUGAACUGGCCAUAGCUCUGACUUAUUAAAUAACAUGUGUUAUAUAGAUAUUAUAUAAAUAAUACUAAAGAGGAGGAGAAAAAGAGAAAAUAAAGUCACGUGUAAUGAGGAUAUAAAGCAAGCCGUGUGUAUACAUAGGAAUUCGUGCGAUGAGAAAAUCAACGACUAUGUCAAGACACCAGGAAAUAACGACAUAUUGAUUAUACUGUUCGUAUUUAUCAAAUAUUCACGUUAAACAGUGUACCAAAUUAUAUAAUAGCUACUAUCGGUUAAAAAUAAUAAUAAUGGUACCUAAUCUUACUCAGAAUAUGUACAUAUGCAACUGCUUUUUAUAUGUGAUAAAAAUUAUUAUAUUCCUAUUAUACAUUGAGGUUAGUAUGCUAUUGUAAAUCCUGGUUUUUUGUACACAGACUGUAUGCUAAGUUCAAUUUUUUUGUUAACGGAGAGAAUGUAGUCUAUAAUUAUUUAAUAUUUAAUUGUAUCGCUGAAAGAAUAAGCGUAACACGUCUUGUAUGAUAUACAUGAUUACUUUCUAACAAUCAAUAUCAGAUUUAAGUGAUCGAACCUCGAAGUUUGUGUCAUGAUAUAAUACUACUAGUAGUGUCAUUUCUUUUUCUUUCUUUCUUUCAUAUUUCGUUCUCUUUUUUCUUUUAUUUCUCUCGAACGAGCGAUGAUAGAGAUAGAAAGAUAUGGACAUUAAGGGGGAAAAAACAGAUGUAAGACAACCGGGUACACGAUUCUAAUUCAUGAUUUAUAUAACUAUUGUCUGAAAACUUAUCGAGCGAUUUCAUCGAACUAUCGAACAUUCUAAUAUUUACUACGAAUUCUAUGCGAAACUGUGACGGAUCUACGAGAGUCGAUCAAGAUUGCCGUUCAUUUUUAAUGCGGUAGUUGCGAAUAAACACGCUUGUUUUUUUAUAGUCGACGAAAAAAGAAAACGGUCGGAUACAACAUUUAUACAUUUUCCUUUUUGCACGAAAUGUUACUAUAUAGAGAGCAACAACGAUGAAACAUGAUACAGAAAAAAGAGCAAAAACGAAAAAGAAAACGAUAUAUUCAAAUCUCGAUAAUAAGCGAAGGUGACUGAUGCGACGCGUUAAUCAAAAUCAAAGGCAAAUGCAUGUGAAGUAAUGAAAAAAAGAAAAAAAAGGUAAAGUUGUACAGUUGCAUGCUUAAGCAAAGAAGAAAUUGACACUUGUACACAAAAACGAAAAAGAUGCGGAAAUGAGACAAAAAAAAGGAAGCAGUUACAAUAAUUCGAACCUCAAGCGAAGUGAAAUUUCAUAAAACACAAAGUAAAAAAAAAAAGACAAAAGGAAAAUACAAAAAAAAAAAAAUAACAUGGAGGAGAAGAAAAGAGUCCCUCGUCGAUGUUCGUUUAGUUUUAGUUGUAAAGGUAAUUUUAUGUAUUAACUCGAUCGACGCUCUAGUCAGUAAAAUUAAAUAAACGGAAGGAGAUUAACGAACCUCGUUCAUUUAGUAGCGUAGAGUAUCUCUCGAAGUCUCUGUAUUUUUUGUUUCCAGUAUGACGAUUGUUCAAACGAUUUUGUUUUUUUUCCUUCUCUUUUUGUUUUAAAUAAAACGACGUAAGGGAAAAACGAAAUUUCCAAGAAACUAAUAAACAUGUACGCGCAUCCGUUCGAGGCAUGUCUUUUCGAUGGUAUCAGAAACUACCAUGGGACACAUCCGCUACUUUCGUGGUGCUCGUGUUUCUCCAUUUGCCUUUGACAACUUCCUCCGAGACUAUUUCGAGAAUGAAAAAAAGUAAAACAAGCAAGGCAAUACGAAUGAAAAAAAAAGAUAUCGAACAAAAAAAAGAAAAGGAAGAGAAAAAAAAGAUAGGAGGAACGAAAUGAUUCAACAAUGAAACUACCUCGUUAAGCGGUCAAUGUAUUUACAAUUUACACGCGUACUGAUUUCAUUGCCAAAACCCUUUGCGCUCCAUUUAAUCAUUUAACGAAAAUACAUUUCUUCUUUCGUUUGGAGCAUUUCUUUUGUCCGACAAGAAAUAACAUCUAACACUUUGGAUGCUGAUGCUCACGAUAGAUUAGAAAAUGUUGUAUCAAUGGUAGAUCUUUACUUUAAAUAAAUCACGGAUAAAUUUCAUAGCGGAGCAGCACGCAAGGAAUAAUGGUAGAUCGAUUGUAGUGGCAUCGCGAAAGUUAAUUUAUUUCAAACUUUUACACACGAAAAGAAAUUGGACUGCAAAGGGUUAACAUUGGCAAGAAGCUGUUCUUCGCUUUUAGAAUGUCAACCGCAUUAUCCGAUACAGCAGAAGUUUAUAAGUUCACAUUUUUCUCUCUUGUCAUUGAAUUCUGUUCGCAAAUGUUUUGGAUCGGAUUGUUCAUUGAUAUUUUAAAAAAGAUCGAUAUACACGGGACGAUCCAUUUUUAUUUACGAAUUGAUCUAUAUAAGGCUAAGGAGUACAGGAAAAAGAAAAAAAUCUAUUAAAUUGACUUCUAGUAAUUUUACUAAAGCGAAGUGCCAUUUGAAGAAGACGUCGAAUAAUCUUCGGAUAACCUCACUCUAAUUAUAUCUUUGAUACUUUCACGUAAUCUAAACGUCUUAUUUAGUAAUCAUCUUAUUCGUAAGAAUUUUUUCAUUAAUCGUGCGUUUGUAGAUUCAGAUGGAUCGUCCUUCGCCUGUUUUACAGAUUAUAAAGCGUAUAAAAAGAUAUCUAAAUCCCUGUUACGGUUCUCAGUUUCAGCACGUGUCUAAAGAGAUGAUUUAAAUAAACGAAGAAAUUACAAACAGAAUGUUGACGGAACCAUUUUUACUUUUAUUGGAUGUCUUUGUUCUUUUUUGUUUGUUGUUUGGAACGCGUAAAAGAAAGAGAUGUGGUAACGAGGAGAAAAGAGAGAUCGUAGCAGGGCCGACGGAAGUUUCUCAGAAAAUAACAGAGGCUUGUGAUUCCAUUGGAACUUAUGAUUUCUUUCACGUGAAUCUGCUCACGUGUGUACGAAUAAAGUCGUUCGACAUUGGCAUUCGUAUGAUGAAACGGUCGAGUAUGGUAUGGAAAUUUAGUCGGUAGAUAAGUAAAGAUUAUAUAAAGCUUGAACUCGUGUUCCAAAUCGACGUUGGACAUUGGAAAACGUACUUUUUUUUUCUUUACUUCGCCACUCGCGCGACGAAUGCCUCUCUAUCAAAGAUAAUACAGCGUGAAAAAACGAAGCGUGAAAUUUCGCUAGACAAGUCUGAAGGCAUUGAUAAUCAAGCCAGUCGGUUUCAAGCUGAUUCCGCACGAAACCAAAUGUAAAAGAUAGUGUGUAUAUACUUUGUGUCCGUCAAAUACACGCUUUUGUUCAAUUUUUUCUUUUUUUCUUUGUUACGUCGGUAGACGCUAUUAUGUUCGUGUGUAAGGAAGUAAAUAUCUGUUUUCUUUCAUUAAAUUCUGCACACGAUUUUUGCAAUGAGAUUCGUGCGGUUGUGUCUACGAAACGAUACGAUCUUUAAUAGUAAUUACAAUUGUAUUUAACCAUAUAAAAAUAACGAUAGAAUUGUACGCGGAGAGAAUUAAUAAUCGUGGCUGUUUGUUCGAAAUGUAUUCGAAUUAAGAACUUUUAUCGGAAGUGAAUGAUCGCUCGGUUCGACUAACAGCGCCGUAGAAUAAUUCUAAUCGUUAGAUUUACGAAGUAUUACACGAUACCACAGAUAAUAUCGAGUAGAAUAUUUAAUAUUCACUGUCCUAUAUUAGGACUAUACUAAUGAACCUUUCGAUCGAGCCACAGUCGACAUGUUUCCCGAUGCGCAAUUACGAUCGUCGCCAUUGAGAAAAAAGAAAAGAAAAAAAGAAAUAAAAGGGAGAGAAAAGGAGAGAAGGAAAUUCCUUAUUAGAAAUGGUCGACGAUGAAAUUUCGCUGGUCGUAUACUGUCAUCACAACUGCACAAAAUUCAUUGUGUCUCGUAGCGGAAUAUCGUUUGGUGUUUGUCGUACCGAAAACGACUGCCAGAAGAGGUUUAUAAAAAGACUCCAAAUAAAAGAACUGUGUUCCUUGUGACACAGCCAGUAAAUAAAGGACAACUCAGUGAUAUUCGCAGGACGAAUAUAGAACAUUGCUCGCAUUCCUCGAAGCCGUUAUCUGUUUCUGUAUUUAUUUCAAAGAGCUGCGUUGUGCAGGCAUUAACUAGUAGAACUUACUAAUAUGAGAAUUCUAUGCGGUGUAGGAAAGGAAAUAUAAACUAAAAGAAAAAUGAAGAACGAAGAACUUUGGUCGUGUCAGACCAUGAAUCGAUUGUCAUAAAGGAAAGGGUAAUAAUAAAUUAUUAUUUACUUUGAAACGAUCAAAUCGUUUCGUGGACUUGCAUCGAUCAAAACUUUUUCUCAGUGGAAGAUGAAGUUUUCUAAAGACAUUACGCUAUCGUCAAGAAUAUUCCUCGUUUCUUUGUAUCAAAUAUAUAUCUUCUUUCUUCACUCGCUAAAUAACGUGAUUUUCGCUUGCAAUUGCCUACGUCAUUCGUUGAGUCGCGUUUUUUCUCAAUCGAGGCACGGAAACGUGGAUAACGAUCGAUAUCGUUUCCAUUUUCGCGCGUUAUUAAUUAUAUUCAUAUCGAGUCGAGAUAAACCACCGUGCGGUGUGUGUGCAUGUGUGUAUGUAUGUGUGCGCGCGCGCCCGUGCCCCUGAACCUAUGGUGCUUCAAUAGAUUGUGCCUCGUCGACCUCGAGUCUUUUCCCUUUUCAUUCGUUCCGAGCGUGAAACGAUCGCGGAUUCUUGUUGGAUCAUCGUUCCCUCGGUUACCAAGAAUUUUCUGGGGCCGAAAAAUCUGCCCCGUUUCCUCUCGUAGAGGAUCGUCGGGUUAUUAAUUCUACGUUCCUCGAUCUUUUCGUUCGUCAGAUCUUCUUAACGAAGAUCGCACUCCUCGUGUGUACGAUAUUGUUAGGUCUUUUCAAAGAAAAGAUUGAAUAUAUGGUUUUAAUAUCUUCAUAAGGGAUCAUCAUGGUCCAGGACGAUUGAAAUUUGACGAAUCUCUCUCGGGUGUUUUUCCAAGAGAAAAUCUUUCAGUAGAAGAGAAUUACUCGGGAAAAAUUCCCGAGAUAACUUCGCGAGAUAUCCGUGACCUUGGGACAAAAUAGAAAAAUUUCUUCACCUCGAUAUUUAUUAGAGAGGGAAAAAAUAUUUAUUGAAUGAAGCUUAUCACGAGAAUACCGUAUAACAAGAUUUGUUAUCUGAAUAAUCGACGGAUGUCUACCUUUAGGCGUUCACAAAGGAACUCGAAAUGAAACUAACACUUGCUUCGUAAUCGAACACCAAAUACAUAUAUGGAAACGAAAGUAAUACCAAAAUGUGGUAAAAAGAAACAAUAAAGUAUGAUAUUCCUAAUUUGUCGCGUGCAUGUGAUUUUUUGGCCGAUCGAUGGACAAAUCGAAACAAAACGAAAAGGAGAUAUACAGUGAAAAGCACGAUGAGAAAGAAAACGUAACCGAGUGAAAAAUAUGCUCUGUAAGAGUGGCUAAAAAUCGAAGAUAAACGCUCACGUCGUUUUGUGACAUUAUUCGUUUUUUCAAAUAGGCGCAUUUACGUAAGCAUUUUACUUACUCGAACGUUAUUCGCAAAUCGAGCCAACCGAGUCUGCGAUCCUAAGAAAAUACGAAAGAUAAAGAAAGAGAGACAAA